AAAACUGCCCCCCAAAAGAGAUGUCGGCAUUCAGUAGUCUCAUGUCUUCUGGGAGAAACAGUCAUGCAGCUCCCAGGGACCCGAUCCUCGACGGCUGCUGCGGCCAGGCGCUCGCUCAGCCCACCCCGGAUGGGCAUCGUGGAGCCGGGCAUUGGAGACAUGCUGACCGGCGCGGAGCCGAUGCCGACGAGCGACGAGAGCCGGGCGCCGGGUACCGACCCGCAGCCCCGUUACUUCUACCCGGAGCUGGGCGCGCAGGACGCGGCCGAUCGUCGCGGGGGCGGCAGUCUGGGGGCGCCCUAUACCGGGGGUGCCCUGGUCCCCUCCGCACCGCCGCCGGGACGCUACCUGGGAGCCUACUCCUAUCCACCUCGGGUCCAGGCGGCCGGCUUCCCCCCCGGGCCCGGUGACCCCUUCCCGCCACCCACGGGCACCGAGAGCUACCAGCCCGGGGAUGGGUACCCGGCUCCGGACCCACGUGCCGGCCUCUACCCGGGUCCGCGCGAGGACUACGCGCUGCCUGCCGGCCUGGAGGUGUCGGGGAAGCUGAGAGUGGCGCUCAAUAACCACCUGUUGUGGUCCAAGUUCAACCAGCACCAGACCGAGAUGAUCAUCACCAAGCAGGGACGGCGGAUGUUCCCAUUCCUGUCUUUCACUGUGGCCGGGCUGGAGCCCACCAGCCAUUACAGGAUGUUUGUGGACGUCGUCUUGGUGGACCAGCACCACUGGCGGUACCAGAGCGGCAAGUGGGUGCAGUGUGGAAAGGCGGAAGGCAGCAUGCCAGGGAACCGCCUGUACGUCCACCCAGAUUCCCCCAACACUGGAGCCCACUGGAUGCGCCAGGAAGUUUCUUUUGGGAAACUAAAGCUCACAAACAACAAGGGAGCCUCCAACAAUGUGACCCAGAUGAUAGUGCUGCAGUCCCUGCAUAAGUACCAGCCCCGGCUGCACAUUGUGGAGGUGAGCGAUGGAGAGCUGGAGACCGCCUGCGGUGCUUCCAACGCGCACGUUUUCACUUUUCAAGAGACCCAGUUCAUCGCCGUGACUGCCUACCAGAACGCCGAGAUCACUCAGCUGAAAAUUGAUAAUAACCCCUUUGCCAAAGGAUUCCGGGAGAACUUUGAAUCCAUGUAUGCAUCUGUUGACACGAGUGUCCCCUCCCCUCCUGGACCCAACUGUCAGCUGCUUGGAGGAGACCCUUACUCAUCUCUCUUACCCAACCAGUAUCCUGUUCCCAGCCGCUUCUACCCCGACCUUUCUGGCCAGCCCAAGGAUGUGGUGUCCCAGCCUUACUGGCUGGGGACCCCCCGGGAUCACAGCUAUGAGGCAGAAUUCCGAGCCGUCAGCAUGAAGCCUGCGUUUCUGCCCACAGCCCCUGGGCCCGCUGUGUCCUACUACCGUGGCCAGGAAGUGCUGGCCCCCGGAGCCGGCUGGCCUGUGCCUCCUCAGUACCCCCCCAAGAUGAGCCCUGCAGGCUGGUUCCGCCCCUUGCGGACUCUGCCCAUGGAGCCUGGCCCAGGGGCCGCGGAUGGCCGGGGGCCCGAGGAGCGAGGGUCUCCUGCCCUGUGGACCGAGAUCACGCCCCUGCGGCCCGAGGCCAGCGAGUCAGGACUGGGGGAAGGAGACUCGAAGAGAAGGCGGGUGUCCCCCUACGCUUCCAGUGGGGACAGCUCCUCCCCUGCUGGGGCCCCUUCUCCUUUCGAUAAGGAAGCCGAAGGCCAGUUUUACAGCUAUUUUUCCAACUGAACACUGAGGCGAAGCUACUGAUUGGAUAUCAACUAAGGUGGAGGAGCCUUCCGCUCCUGCCCUUCCUUCCCUGUAUAGUAAGCGUUUGGGGAAGAAGGGGGGUGAGAAGGAUUCUGGGGUCCACUUACUGAUUCCUGGCCCACAAGAAAAGGUGACAGGAGUGUUCCCCCCGCACCCCCCCCGCGCCCCUUCCUCUGCCCAAACUAUAGUCGUGGACCUGGCGCUGCUUCUGGCAGAUGGUCCUGUGGAGCACAGAGAGUGGACUCGGGAAGGUCUUGGACACAGAGGGGCUUGGUGGCUUCUGGAGGGGCGGGAGGAUGGGGAAGAGGGCAACCAGAAGCCACUUCUCUCCCCUAUGGAGUAAGUUUAGUGGUCCCGUCCCCUGCAUUAAUCCCUGCCCUGGACAUGAAGAGAAAUGAAUUUUACAACAAGCAAGCCAGGGUUGGGGAGAGGACUCAAGGGACUGGGCAGCUGGCCCGAGCCCACCUGCUGGGAGACAAGAGAUUGG